AUGGUAAGUCUCUUCGUUUUUUGUGAUUUUCAUGAAAGUCUCUGCUGUUUUUUUUGUCAGAACUGUGUACAAAUAUGGAUAUUGUUGUUGAUGGUGGCGAUCCCAGUAGGGCAAUGCAGACAUUCUCGUUGGCAUCCAUUUAUUGCGUCAAUUCCAUUUCAGGUAGAACGUCAAGAUGCAUUACGAGAAGCGAGGGAAAUGUUUUACUUCGGUUACGAGAACUAUAUGAGUCACGCUUUUCCAGCUGACGAGCUAGAUCCGAUCCACUGCGCAGGCAGGGGGCACGACCAUGGCAAUCCUGCAAAUAUAAAUAUUAAUGAUGUACUAGGAGAUUACUCGCUGACGCUGAUUGAUUCAUUGGACACGUUAGUUGUUUUAGGUGAUCGUGAUGAAUUCAAAAGAGCUGUUUCGCUGGUUAUCAAUUCGGUUGAUUUUGAGAAAAACACAACUGUACAGGUUUUCGAGGCAACCAUCAGGGUGAUAGGUUCGCUUCUGUCAGCUCAUCUGAUUGCUUCCGGCGAAUCACAUCUUCUGGGAGAUUUUCAUAUUCCCGAAUACGAUGGUGAACUGCUCACUUUAGCUCAUGACUUGGCGGCUCGUCUUCUGCCGGCAUUCGAAGGUACCAGAACAGGAUUACCAUAUCCACGAGUUAACCUGAUUAGAGGGGUACUGCCAGGUACUGUAGAAGAGACAUGUACCGCCGGGGCAGGCUCUCUACUUGUCGAAUUCGGGAUUUUGUCGCGGUUGUUGGGUGACCAGACUUUUGAACGCAUUGCUAGGCGCAUAAAUGAGGAGCUCUGGCGAUUGCGGGAUAGGAACACUGGUUUACCAGGCAAUCUCAUCAAUAUUCAAACUGGCGAGUGGGUCGGAUAUCUUAGUGGAGUUGGUGCUGGAUUGGAUUCAUAUUACGAAUACUUUCUCAAAGCUUAUAUACUGUUUGGUGAGCCUCGCGAUUUACAACUGUUCAACGAAGCGUAUGACGCCAUCCUGGCAAACUUGAGGCGAGGACGGAGCCUUUGUAACUCCGACGGUGAACCACCGCUUUUUGUGAACGUUGAUGCACGUGAUGGUAGUACAGCGAAUACGUGGGUGGAUUCUUUGCAAGCGAGUUUCGCUGGGCUUUUGGUCCUUGCUGGUCAACUUGACGAAGCCAUCUGUCAGCAUGCGUUCUACUAUGCUGUUUGGAGCAAGUAUGGAGUUCUCCCUGAACGAUACAACUGGCUUCUCAAGCGUCCUGAUGUGAAGUUCUAUCCGUUGCGUCCAGAGUUUGUCGAAUCUACAUAUUUACUAUACCGUGCAACAAAGAAUCCGUUCUAUUUACACGUUGGACGAGAAGUACUCAACUCAUUGAACACCAUGACGAGGGUGAGGUGCGGAUUUGCCACGGUUCAUAAUGUAGACGACGGCAGCCUUGAAGAUCGGAUGGAAUCUUUCUUUCUUGCAGAAACAAUGAAAUAUUUGUACCUUGUAAGUAAUUGUCAAGCGGAAGCGUCUGCGUGGUCGUAA